CACCAACAAGAUGAUUGAGCUGCUGACUGGAGAGGUUCCUAUAAGGUGUCAGGAUGUCACCAUUUAUUUCUCCAUGGAGGAGUGGGAGUAUAUAGAAAGACACAAAGAUCUGUACAAGGACGUCAUUAUGGAGGAUCACCGACCUCUCACACCAACAGUUAAGAAAGAGAGAAGAACACCAGAGAGAUGUUCCAGUCCUCUUCUUCCACAGGAGGGUUCAGAAGAACAUCACAAUGUCCCACAGGAUGAUCAGGUAGAUGCAGAUAAGGAUGUCAUGAUGGAGGAUCAUUGGCCCCUCACAUCACUAGUUAAGGAAGAGAGAAGAACACCGGAGAUAUGUCCCAGUCCUCUUCUUCCACAGGAUGGUUCAGAAGAACAUCACAAUGUCCCACAGGAUGAUCAGCUUGUGAAUUCGGGUGAAGAUCUGAACAUUAUAUAUGUUACAGAGACACAUGAGAUGGAUGAUGAGCAGAGUAUAGAGGACAUUCCUACAGAUAACCACCCAGAUGACUGUACCAGGAGCUCUGAGGGAGAGCUCAUAUCUUCCGAUUUUAAAGCAGAAGAUGACGCUUUUACACAAGAUACAUAUGAAGAGCAUGUCAUUAUCCCAUAUAUACCCUUAGACCUUCACAGCAAAAAUGUAUCAUCUGAUCCUUUAAAACAGGUUUUGUCUUCUGAUUCAUCACAGAUGGUAACACUAAAUAAAAGUUACAGUUCUGGUGAACAUCCAACAGCUCAUACAGGGGAGAAAGCUUUUUCAUGUUCAGAAUGUGGAAACUGUUUUAAUCAUGAAUCAGAUCUUCUUAAACAUGAAAGAAGUCACACAGGGGAGAAGCCGUAUUCGUGUUCAGAAUGUGGGAAAAGUUUUGCUUUCAAAAAAACUCUUGUUACACAUCAAAAAAUUCACACCGGGGAGAAGCCAUUUUCUUGUUCACAAUGUGGAAAACGUUUUAUCCAGAAAUCAGAUCUUGUUAAACAUGAGAGAAUUCACACAGGGGUGAAGCCUUUUCCUUGUUUAAUAUGUGGCAAAUGUUUUGGUUUAAAAAAAGAUCUUAUUACCCAUGAAAGAACUCACACAGGGGAGAAGCCAUUUUCAUGUUCAGAAUGUGUUAAGUGUUUUAAUCAUAGAUCAGAUCUUGUUAAACAUGUGAAAAUUCACACAGGAGUGAAACCAUUUCCAUGUUCACAGUGUGAAAAACGUUUUAAUUAUAAAUCAGAUCUUGUUAAACAUCAAAAAAUUCACACAGGGGAGAAGCCGUUUUCAUGUUCAGAAUGUGGGAAAUGUUUUGCGUUCAAAAAAACUCUUGUUACUCAUCAAAGAACUCAUACAGGGGAGAAGCCGUAUUCGUGUUCAGAAUGUGGGAAAUGUUUUAACCAUAAAUCAAAUCUUUUUACACAUCAGAGAAUUCACACAGAUAUUAAGCCAUUUUCAUGUUUAGAAUGUGGGAAAUGUUACAGAGUUAAAUCAAAUCUUGUAAUGCAUCAGAGAAUUCACACAGGGGAAAAGCUAUAUUCAUGCCCAGAAUGUAAGAAAUGUUUUACUCGGAAAUCAAAUCUUGAUGACCACCAGAAAACUCACACAGGUGUGAAGCCUUAUUCAUGUUCAAUAUGCAGUAAGUCUUUUUCAGAUAAAUCGCAUCUUGUUCGACAUGAGAGGAGUCACAGUGGCUCAAGACCAUUUCCGUGUUCAGAAUGUGGAAAAUAUUUUAACCAGAAAUCUGAUCUUGUUAGGCAUCAAAUAACUCACACAGGGGAGAAACCAUAUCCAUGCCCAGAAUGUGGGAAAUGUUUUACGCAGAAAGCAACCCUUGUCAACCAUCAAAGAACUCACACAGGGGAGAAGCCAUUUUCAUGUACAGAAUGUGGGAAAUUUUUUAACAAGAAAUCAGCUCUUGUUACACAUCAGAGAUUACACACCGGGGAGAAACCAUUUUCAUGCCUAGCAUGUGGAAAAUGUUUUACUUGGAAAUCAAAUCUUAUUGACCAUCAAAAAACUCACACAGGGGAGAAGCCAUAUUCCUGUUCAGAAUGUGGGAAAUGUUUCUCAGAUAAAUCACAUCUCGUUAGACAUCUAAAAACUCAUACAGGGGAGAAGCCAUUUUCAUGUCCAGAAUGUGGCAAAUGUUGUUCUCAGAGAUCAGAUCUGGUUAAACAUCAAAGGAGUCACAUAGGUAGAAACAAUUUUGAUGUCCCAGAUGCGGAAAGUGUUUUAACCGAAAGUCAGCUCUAAUUGAACAUCAAUGAUCUGAAAGAAAAAAACAUUUUCUUUUUUUAUUAAUGUGGGAUGUGGAAAUGUUUUAGCCCACAAAGGGGCUUUUCAUCA